AGUGGAAAAGAGCAAAAGGCAAAAUGUCAUCUGAGAGAAAAGCCCACCCCGAUUGUCAACUUCUAAGACAACAAGGUAAAACUAACUCAAUUCUUCUAACAAUGUUCACCAGAUAGACAACUCAGACAAAGAGUAGCACGCACUCCACAGAAGACGUUACUUCCUCCUGCAUCGCGAACGCGAAGCGAGUGCGAGCGUCAGUACUUUCCCUUUUACGUCCUGCAUGUCAAUUGGACUGACCGGGAUGGAGCUUGACGACGGAAAUAAGGCGCAGAUCAAAAGGCUGUACCAGUUUCUGCGACAAAAGAGGGAUCGCCACCUCCGGGAAGUGGACGAGAUUGCGAACGACGUCAAGGAUGACCGCUGUGGCGAGACAAUAUACAACCAAGAGGAUGUACUACUUCUCUAUCAUGCCGUAUACAAUCAAGAAGAUGCAUUCAAAUAUCGACUCCUCUCUAUGUGUCGUCUUAAAUUAUUAUCAUGGAUCGAUGAGGAGCAGUAAUGGCUAGACACCCGCAGUUUCAUGGGAGGAUGAGAACAACAAGUUGGACGACUAUGAGUCUAAAUGUAUAUAUUCCUGUCGUGCGAUUCGUACUGCGAUACUGGUAGAAAAAGUACUAGAUCACCCCGAUAGAUCGCGACCCUAGAUCCUGCGCACCACUUACAGGUCGUCACGCUUCUGGAUGAAUUUUCUCGAAUGGUCAAGGAGCUGGUCAAGCAGGAGCUCGAUACGUUGAGCAAUAUGAUGGCACUCUACUCGGCAGACCUCUUCACACAAGCGCAGUCACGGAGUGUCACUCUCGGUGCGGACUUAUCAGCAGUGGAAGACGAAGGACGGUAUUAAGUAGUUUGAGGAGAAGGAGUUAAGAGGACAUGUACUAGAUGUACAGAGACUGAGAGGGAGAAGAUUAUGCAACCAUUGAUUGGCCUGGUUCUGGUGCAACUAGUAUCAUAGCAUGAAACUAAGAGGGUUUUGUGAACAAGGCAAAUGGUUACUUACCGCGCAGGUUAACAAAGAUUGCGGAGUUGGCGGAUUGGCAAGGCAAUGCGGCAGCGCCAAACAAACCAACAGCCUUAGCUGCGCUUGGAUGUACUACUUACUAUUUUUUUAUGAUCACCACGCACCACCUCAUGCAUAACUGUACUAGAUAGUAGUAGUACUACAGUGGAUGCACAAGCACAUCAUGUGCUUAAUCUUCAUUACUGAUCAAAUGAGAAGACAGAUGGUAGAACUAGAGGAAGCGGUUGAACGAGGGGAAGAAGUGCACGGUCCUUCAGAGGCGGUGAUCGGUCUAGUGUAGCCUAAGAUCUAGGACGUGACCGCGCAUCGCCACAAGCUCUCCAGCAGGACAUGAUAGCACCUAGCCUAACCUACGUAUUCAAUUAUGAAGAAACUUAUCUAUCACUCCCAACUCAACGACCUCAACAUCAGCCACAACCGCAGCCAAAGGCGAGGAUGCUCUGAUAGAAGAGAAUAAGAUGCUCCAGGAGAGAUAUCAAGGAAUACAGAAGCAGUUGAGUGAGCUGAUGCGCGAAAGAACUUCCCUACUAGAGGAAAUGAAUACUAUGAAGGACAGUUUUGCGAACGUAAAAGCACAGAUGGGGGCAGAUAUGCAGAGUACCUCUAUUUUGUAGUGACCUGUUGUUGGUAUUAGUUUUAGCGAACGUUACGUUUAAGUAGUACGGUGACUUUUCUUUUUUAAAUUUCUAUUCCUGUGCCUGAAAUAGAAAUUGAAAAUAUUCUCACGACUCGCACUCUGAUUCUUCUUCCCGUCGUCAUCCUCAUAGGCCUCAGCGCGACCCCCAUUUGCAACACCGUCUCUCUCACAACCCUCCGUCCCCACCCUCACACACUGCGAAGAUCCUCAUAAACCGAAUGCCACCAAUACCGUCCUCGUCAUCAACCUAUAGUGUGAACCCCGACUACUUACAACCCACCCAGCUCACAACUCGAACUCUCGCCCACAACCACAACGACUUCUACAGAUAACGCCUCAGUCCGCGAUAUGGAGGGCCAGUUGAAGAGUACGAAACUACUAUUAGAAAGCAAGAGCAGUGAAAUGGAACAGGUCAGGCAAGAUCUGAACAAGAGACUCGGCGAUAGCAGCCAAUUCAAAGAUUUGAAAAAUAUAUUAUGGCAGCUGCGUAAGAGUAAGGACUCGGUGAACCACUGGCACAUAAUUCGAGUAUCUUGUUAGAAAUACAACCUGUAGUUAGGUUAGGCUUAGCUAGGGUUCCUCAAUAUGUGUCUUUGCCUAGUUUAGAAGGUUUAGACCGUAGGGAGGGUUAGAAAUGAAAGCUGAUGGCCAUCUAUCUCUACAGCAUAUUGAUGAUAUCCAGAUGAUAUCCGCCUCGUUUUUAUCGGUGUUUACAAAGUGCUACCGAAAAUUCCUAUCCCCCUAUUCUAGUGUGUGCGUCUACAAUUAGACUAUCUAUAUGCAGGGUAGUGACAUGAAUACACCUUACAUUUUAGUCCAUUCAUCAUCAUCAUCAUCAUCAUCAUCAAUAUUAUUGAUAUCCAUAUCCACCUCUAACCACCGUCGCGAAAAAGAACCAGCAAAUCAAGCAACUAAGGGAAAGGCUGCGAAAGUACGAGGGCGACGAUGAUGGAGAUAUCAUCCGAGCUGAAGACUAGACGCGGUUUCUGACGUCGCAACAUGCGAGAAGGCUGUCUGCUUCAUAGCCAAGAAGAACCAACAGACAAAGUCAAUUUUUUGGUUCGCUUUUUUGUUUAACAACCAACACAAGCACCAAUACAAUACUAAGAUUAUGAUCUUUGUUUUGAUUACAACCACCAACCAAUCAAGAAUGAAACUUCAACGCCAGCAACGCUGAAACUUGAAGUUGAAGAGGAGGGCCUAAGAGAAUUUGCUUCGACGACGACUAGCUGCGGCUUGAUGUCAAAAUGUCA